GUAGCUUCCGGAAGACUGAAUGAAGCUCGGGCCAUUCUCUUUAGUGUUUGCCCUGUCUCCCCUAUGUCUACCUCUCCACUGGCUGCUUUUUGAUUUAAAAACAACGUAAAUGAACCCUUAAAAGUGACCAGUCGUACACCCAGACGACACGAAACCGCUGUGUCCUAUGGAGUAGCUACAAAAGCUGACAGGAGGACGAAAAGCAAUCAAUACACAUACCAUACAAAAUUAUUAUCAAAGCCAUCAGUGACAAGGCCAGAGCAGCGAGGAUGUCCCAGCUCCAGUUCCAGUGUCCGGCCAGUCCCAUGCCCGCCGCCCCUGCCCCGCUGCAGAUGGGUCAGCCUCAGCCGGGCUACAGCAUCCCCUGUGCCACGAGCACGCUGGCGUCUGAGAGCGCCAGCCAGCCCGUCAGGAGCUCCGCUCUCCCCGCGGGCUCAGUCACACCCUACAAUACCAUCACAGUUUCUAACAUGGCAAACCCUAAAGAGAAGACCCCCAUGUGUUUGGUGAAUGAGUUAGCCCGUUUCAACAAGCUCCAACCUGAGUAUAAGCUACUGAGUGAGCAAGGACCAGCUCACUCCAAAAUUUUCUCAGUGAGGCUCACACUGGGGGAUCAGCACUGGGAUGCGGAGGGGACCAGCAUCAAGAAAGCCCAGCAUUCCGCAGCUGGAUCUGCCCUGGCUGAGACUGUGCUUCUCAAGCCCACCAUCAGGACGCCGCGCCACCCAGGCAAGACCCCAGUUGAUGGCAUGAUGCAGAUCAUGGAGUUGAACGCACUGUGUUCAAAACUUAGUAAAAAGCCAAUCUAUAAACCCAUGGAGCCAUACCCGGGUAUACGACCACCAAACAUCAAUUACAACGUCCGUGUGCCGGGGCCCUAUCAGCGCUCUAUGCAGCAAUAUUACUACCCAUUUGCCCCCAUGGGACCAAUGAUAUACCACAUGGAGCUAUCCAUCGGAGGUCAGCAGUUUAUAGGGAAGGGACGCACGCGGCAGCUGGCCAAGCACGACGCCGCCGUGAAAGCCCUUAAAGUGCUACAGAAGGAGCCGAUACUGCAGCAGUUGCCAGUGAUGAACGGAGAGACCGAAGAGGAGAACCUCAACAAGUCGGAAAUCAGCCAAGUGUUUGAAAUUGCACUGAAGCGCAACUUGCCUGUAAAUUUUGAGGUGUUAAAAGAAGAAGGUCCCCCGCACAUGAAGAGCUUUGUCGUGCGCGUCAGCGUGGGAGAGUUCUACGGCGAGGGAGAAGGAAAAAGUAAAAAGAUCGCCAAAAAGUUGGCCGCUGCCGCCGUGCUGGGGGACCUGAAGAGGCUACCUCAUAUACCCAGCGUGGAGAGGACGUUGCCACGCAUCAAGAAGAAAACUAAAUCCAUCAUCAAGCUGCAGACCAGUCCAGAAUACGGCCAGGGAAUGAAUCCCAUCAGCCGCCUGGCUCAGAUCCAGCAAGCCAAGAAGGAGAAGGAGCCAGAGUACAGCACGGUGACGGAGCGAGGGCUGCCGCGGCGUCGGGAGUUUGUCAUGCAGGUGGCAGUGUGCGGCCAGUCCGCAGAGGGCAUGGGGCCGAGCAAGAAGGUGGCCAAAAGGAAUGCGGCGGAGAAAAUGUUGGAGCUUCUGGGAUAUAAAGUGCCUCAGCCCCAACCCCCUAAACCAGCACUUAAAACUGAAGAGAGGAUCCCGGUAAAAAAGCCAGGUGAUGGACGCAAAGUGACCUUCUUUGAACCAGGCUCUGCAGAAGAAGGUGAGAAGCAGUUAGAUUGCAGCUCUGAAGAUAAUAAAACGUCUUCUUAUAAAAAAAAAAACCCUGAAGGUUCCAAAGAGGAGGAGUUCCGCCUGCCUUACUUGAGCCACCAGCAGCUGCCCGCGGGCAUCCUGCCCAUGGUGCCCGAGGUGGCACAAGCGGUCGGGGCCUGCCAAGGCAGCCAGACGAAGGACUACAGUCAAGCAGCGGCCAACCCAGGCAAGGCCACCGUCACCGCCGUCAUUGCCAACGAGCUGCUGUACGCCGGCGCGUCCCAGACCGCCGAGACCAUCAUGAAGAACAAAAAUAUCCUCACCCAGCCUCCACUCGGGCCCCUCACCAGGCCCUCGGAACAACUGGGCUUCCUUGCGUCAGUGCAGGGCCUGCAGGUGGAGUACAAAGAUUUCCCCAAAAACAACAAAAACGAGUUUGUGUCGCUGAUCAACUGUUCCUCCCAGCCGCCGCUCAUCAGCCAUGGAAUAGGAAAAGAUGUGGAAUCCUGUCAUGAUAUGGCUGCACUCAAUAUCCUGAAAUUGCUCGCCGAGUUCAACCAGCAGUCAAACGAGCGAACAGGAAAUGGACCAGCUUCUGGGAGCGUCAAGCAGGAGCUGGAGGGCGACCCGCACCUCAAACAGGCUAACUCAAGCACGCUGGUCCCGCCCCCGGACGGAGCCGUGUAGCCCCGUGGGCGCGGCUGAAGCACGAGAGAGAGAGAAAAUGAAGACACUGUGUCCUUAGUUGCUAUGGAAACGCCACCGUCACUCAUCCUCGUUGUCGCACGGUGUUGACAGUUAAACAAGAUUGACGCUUCGCUCACCUUGAUGUUGUUUAAUUGGACACGCCCCUUCUUUUGUCGCCACGGCAGCUGCAUCCUCGCCGCACUUUGAGGCCCACGGGGGAAACAAAAAGUGAAGCGAUAAACUGUGAAUUACGUUUGCUCUCUGAGUCGUCUUGUUUUUAAGUAUUUUAUGUGUUUUCACCCGUGAGGUGGUUCCUUAUUAAACCCAGUCUCAGUUUUAGACCUCAAACCCCGUCUAGGAUGCAGCUGCUCACCUUCGCUUUCAGUUAACCGCCACGACUGACGUGUUAGCGACAUGAGCGUGUAUAGGGCUGGGAGGAGUGUGUUACUUUUCAGUGUGGCGUGUAUUGUGACGUGAAGUUGUCCCCCACCGUCUGUGGCAGGGGGGAGGGGGGGGGCGGGGUCACCUGAUGCUCCCUCUCCCUCCUUUUAUGUCGCCCUCCCGUCUCUUACUCGUCCUCAUGCUAAUUAAAGCGGCGUGCUGUGAUGCACAAAACAAUCCGGCGCCGUCUUUUCCUUUUGUCGCUUUUUCCGUCAACCCUGUUGCUGAGGUCAAAGGUCAUGUAUGUAGGUCCUGUAUUCCUUUCAGGACUCAUUCAUUCAUUCAUUAGUUAUUUUUUUCCUAAGUUGUAAACAAAAACUUUACAUAAAAAAAAAUACAUUAAAAUUAAAUAAAAUUGUGU